CCCUUAUUCUGAGUUGCUGUUCCAGGAGCCCGUCCUGGCAGGCCCGCAGCGCAAUACUGUCACGCGAUAGUGUGGGUGGGCUUACAUGCAACCGGGGAAGUCAAUUUACAGAACACUGUGUUUGAUGAGAGGGGGGGGAGGGGUUGCGAAAAAACCGAAAAAGAUUUUACCAGGGGAUUCCAUGACCACAUGCCUUUCUCCUUUAGUGCAUGACUUGAUUUGUAACCUUGGGUUUGAACUCAAAGAAAUUUGUGAUAUCAAUAGCAUUGUAACUCAAAAUGGUGAAGUACGAUGGAAAGCAAUUACUGACCGUGUGAGAUAUGAAGAAUUAGGGCGAAGUCUGGACUACAGGAGAAGUGUGCAGCAGCUGGGUCCGGUGUGUGAGGCCAUCCACCUACACAUCUCAGCUCUGACCAGGGCUCAGUUUGAAAUUCAGUAUUCGCCUUGGUACCAGUGGACAACUUAUCCAGAGUUGUUUCUUGAGAUACUUGAUGCCUUGCAAAGCUCGCAGCCUGCUGCCGUCUCCCUCGGCGUGAUGAAACUAGCUUCCUGUCUGGAGCGAGCCCUCGGCGACGUAUUUUUACUGGUUGGGAAAGAGUGCCCCUUUCUCCUAAGAGAUCUUCUUGCAUCUGCAGAGCUUGCACAAGUCUUUGGACAUGCUGUGAUGGACAUACUAAAAGUCUUCAUCGGGUCUCCCUGCGGACUCAACCUGAGAAACGUCUUGUGGCAUGGCUUUGCUUCCCCUCAAGAUAUUCCUCCAAAAUACUGUUCAGCCAUGUUGCUGUUGACGGCAGGACUGGGCCAGUUACUGAAGAGUUACCUUCACCACACAAAGGUCACCUUGGCACAUCGACCUUUUGUAACACUCACAAACUUAGAGGAUGUGAUUGUUUUUCCUGGUGUGACUUAUGAGGUACUGUCAGCAUUAGAGACAGUGAUGACAAAAUCCAACUUCCUAUUAAAAAUCAUGUUGCCAUAUUGGGAAAUGGCAGUGAGCAAGUUCAAGUCGCACAGGUUUGCCGACUGCACCAUGUUGUUGCUGUCACAGCUAGAAGCUGGACUCAGGAGACUGUUUGCUGCAGUUAACAAGUGUCCUGAUAGACUGCUCACAGCCGAGUCAACAAUUCUGUAUACCACGUUUGAUGAAAUACUGGCAAAACACAUGAGUGAUGGUAGCAUGAACCAGCUUCCUUGUUUCCUUGGAGAGCCUGCCAUGGAAUUCUUGUGGGAUUUCCUGAACUAUCAGGAGGGUCCUCGUAUCCGGGAUCGUAUAAGCCAUGGGGAGAUCAACAUACGUGAAUUUCCAGAAGAGGCCGCAGGCCAGCUGCUCACAUUCUCCCUGGUGCUGCUGCUCAGAUUCACUGAGAAGGGGACAGUGUCAGAACUGAAGGAGGAAGCAGCAAUACAGUUGCUGGUUAGGCUUGCAGAAGGAUACAGGUCUCGCUGCCACCCAGCCUUCCAGCUUCAAAAACAGGUGCUGAGCUGUGAGAGAAGCCUCAGGAUGUGGCCUGUGCCGCCUUUGCCAGAAGAGUGUUGUCAGGAAGCAGGCAGAUUGGAAGGAAAUUCUGAAGCAUGUGCCUGCAACUCUUUAAUUAGCAAGAUUUGGUGUGAGCUCUGCCACUACCUGCCUGGGAGUGCCUGUGCUAUAAAUGGCUUGGAUGGUCUUCCCUCAGAGAAGUGGUCCCAGCUGCUCAGUGAACUGUGUAGCACACGCAUUCCUACACUGUUCUGCCCCAGAAUCGUUCUAGAAGUUCUAGUUGUGCUCCGAGGCAUCAACUCCCAGUGCCAACGCGUAUCUGACCAGGUCACCGCCUCUUUGCAGCUAAGACACAGGCAAUGGGUGGAGCGUAGGUUACGUUCAAGGCAGCGUCAGAACUAUGUGCGCAUGCUCAGCAGUGUUAGACUUUUAUGUCCCAUGCUUUCCCUGAUUUUGUUGCUCCUUGCACUGGAGUUGGCCAGUGUCCAUGCUGUUCGUGAUAAGGGCGCUGAGGAACAACAGCAGUAUCUGAGUCAGACACAGGGUGGCGCUCUUCAUUAAGUAAUCUGCCAGCUGUGUGGGAAGACGUCUCCUGCCAACUCCUGUGACUCCAGGAAAAGGAAUUCUUUCCUUUUUCAUCUGGCCACAGAGAGGUAGGUCCAAGGUGACAAGAGUGGGAAGUGACCACUGGCGCCUGGCCACUGGGGCUGUGGAGCAUUGCGUUCACCUGAAGGCUCGGCCUUCCGUUCAUUUAAUUCUGUAUUGAUGAAAGGCAUGAACAAUCACAGUCUAAAAAUCUUGUCCAUCUUCAUGAGGGAAGAUUGGGGUUGUAUUGUGUGAAUUAAUCUCUUGGGGGAAGACAUCAUCGUGGCCAGUGGUGGUGACAGGAGAAUGAGGGAGGGACCAAGGUCACCAUUAACCAACCACCAAUCACCAUACUGCUGAUGGGGGAGGGGAACCCUUUGUCUAAAGGGACUGGACUGAGCUUUGCAGAGAAGGAGGGGCGCAGGCUUGCAGUGGAGACUGGCUUCUAACCACCCACUCUCCCCAGCUGCAGGCUGAAUUCACACCUUGACACCACAGCCAGUCUGCCAACACUGCUGCCAAAGCAUGGCGCCCGCCCGUGUGGGAUUGGCUUUUAGGGACUAACAAAGAAAAUUCCUUACAUCGGAUAAAAGGGAGUGUCUGUGGUUUGUUUUAUAGCCCUACUAAAACAUUUUAAUGAAACUAAAUCACUGUGGUACCGCCAGAGUUUGGGCUUUAGAGGGCCUGGAACCAGUUUUCCUAUGGGCUGUGUCUGAAUUGUAGAGUGUCCAUGUGAAUUGACUGGGGCCAAUUAAGAUAAGUCUUUGAUUGCAUCAGAAGUUCUCCAAAUGGAUGGAUACAGGAUGUCCCCUUGACACAUAAUUAAUUAAUUGAAAAUGAAAUAUGCUCAGUUCAAAAAAGCUACCCAUAAAGUGAAGUCCUGUGCCAGCCAAUGAUUAGAGUUUGGGGAUCCUUAUAAGCAUAGACUUGCCAUUAUAAAUAUUAAAUGCUACCUUUACAGAAAGCUUACAUAGUUUCAAAGCCUUUUGCUCAGGACUUUGAAUACCCCCCAAGACAAUGUUAUUAAUUCCAUUUAGGAGGACGGUAGAAAACUUAGUUGAGAAAACCUGGAACUCACUCCCCUGUGAAGGAGGCAGGGAUGGCUGGUCCUCAGCUGCUUAGUGGUCACUCUCACUGACAGUUCCUCUGAGUCCCAGAAAUGCAAUCUGUAAUCUCAAAACCUUUCCAGCAGCUUGGCAGGGAGACAGAAAUAGCCCAGCAAAAUGCAAGAUCAGCAAGAAAGCACUACAGUCCACAGACUGGGAGUGGAGGGCUGUGAUGCUAAGGCCAGUCCUUAGGUUAUGAGGUCCAGGAAAUCCCAGUCAGAGCAGAGGGUAGGGGCUGCAGGUGAUGCAGGGAUAGUGGGCACAGGGGCCUCCAAUCUCUCUGUUUCACUCUUAAUUAACAAGCUUAGGACCUCCCUCAUGUCUCAGCAUGUAAAAUUCUCAUAGUAUUGAAUUUAUUUAGAUAUAAGCCUUUUCCCACAAGCUGUGGCUCCUCACUUCCCACUUAAGACAUUAUUUUCCAUGGUCCCAUGCUAACCCAUCCUCAGGAGCCUCUAUGUUAGUUGCCAGUCUUGUUGGAGUCAAAAUCCUGACUAUCCAUCUGGACCUGGGCAGUUCACACUUUUGGCUCUGUUUUUGUUAUUUGCUUGCUUGCUUAUUUUUCCUGUAUUACCUUAAAUGGUAGAAAAGCUAAUAGUUUUGUUUUCUUCUUUAGUUGGACCCAUCUUGUCCAUGUCCUGGAUGAGGUUUGGACCUAAGUUAGUGGCUGAGGGGUCUGCUAAAUCAAUGGAAACAUUGCAUUGUGUUUAUAUAUUGAUCUUCAGCUGCCGUGAGCUGUGUUAGUCAGUGGUGGGAACAGGAGGUGUGAAGCCACACCUUAGGGGUCCUCCACGAGGUGUGAUACUCACAGGCUGACAAAUGGUGGGAAUAUUGCUUCCCUUAAGUUCUGGUCAUGUCCAGAUGGUGCUAAAUAUCCGGUGCAACACCUCACAUCCCUCCACCCCCUUUAAGCUCUGCUGUGCUAAGUCCCGUGCCUGAAGUCCCCAGUGCUUUCAAGUCCUGUGCCUGAAUAUCCUUGUGUUUUUCCAAGUGAAGUAUCUCUAAGACCCAGGACCUGAGAUUUCAAAACCAUUCAGGAAUCUGUUCUUAUCAUGCUUGUGAUAUUCUAUGUGUCACCCUGAAUCAGCCAGUCUACCCCAGUCCUGUGCCAUCACACCCAACUUCAUGAGUUUUUUAUUUUUGGCAAAGGACCCCUUUAAGAGCUGCCAGGAAGAACAGCGUUCAUGGCUACCCACAGGCCCAGGGCCGUGCUCCAAUGCCAGAACUGUGCAGGCCAGACUUGCUGAGUCUGCAGUUACGGCGUCUGUGCUUUUAUCUCUUUUUCCACUGCUUCCCCUUCUCCGUUUUGGAACCUACGGGAUAAUAUGCUCUGGUCCCUUAAGGAUGUAGAGGAAGGAACCAUUUCCAUAUCCACUUGACUCAAGUUACCACAGUCAGCUGCUGGCUGAGCAAACUGACCUCAGAUGAGUCACAAUCUAGCUCACACAAGGUCAAAGUUCAGCCAGACUCUGAAAGUCCAUUUGAGAGGUUGAUGUCUGUGCUCAAGAUGCCAGUGUAAGAAGGGUGGGGGACGGUGCUUGGUUCCAGCAAUUCCCAGGACUUAACUCCAUUCAGGAGACCACAGUGAGACCAUGAGGGCCCAGCCGGGAUGGGUGGCCAAGGGACAAGGCAAGAGCUGAUAGGGAUCAGGCAAGGUGCAGGGCUACUAAAUGGGGCCCUGAAAGGCUGCUAGGCUUCCAAAGCCAGGGUGCUUCAAGCCUAAAGGGGUGUGUGUGAAAUCUGGCCUCUGAGUAAAGCUGUAGGAUGAUAAACUAAGUCACAGAGGCCACAGGAGGGACCCAGGCAAGUGCCAUUGUGACUGGAAUGACAGGAGCAGAGUUACCUGUGAGCUACCUCUGUGAUCCACUCAUGUCACCACCACCACCCCAACCCCCCCCCCCCCAUUGCAUGUUACCUAGACGUGUUACCAAAAUUGAUCUCCCAGUCACCAGAGAAGUGAAGGACAGGGGGACAAGUAAGGGUAUCAGGCUGUGGUCCAACAGGGUGUAACCUACACACUGGGGCUGUGUCAACAUAAGGACACAGGUCACAUCAAGGGACACUAUUAGGUCACCAGGUCAGCACAGAAACCCAGUCUUCCACUCGGCAUUAUUGCAAGUUUCCAUAAUCCAAGUUUGAUUCCUCCACACUCAUCUUUUCCUGUCUGGCUCCUUGCUGGUUCCAGGAAAACUGUGGGCAGGUUGCAAAUGUCUGAGUUGAAACAGCUCUUCCAGGGGGAGGAUGCAACAGAGACUGACAGUAGGGCAAAGAUAUCUGCUUUGCCAUCCUGCAAAAAGCUGCAGAUUCCACCUGCCCUGACUAGGCUGGCUUCCAGAGCAAGCAGGCUGAUCUCAGCCACAGUAUUUCCACAUGCCUGACACCCUGCAAACCAUGGAAUGAUGCCUGAGUACACCAAGCAAAGGCAGCAUCCGGAAGCUCCUGACUUCCUGGUGUCCUGGGGACUGUUGGUAAGGAAGCCAGCUGAGGAGCUGCUGCAGGAAGCAGCUCAAAUCAGGGAUCGUAGCAAUUGCUUAGGAAGUGGCUUUCAUCAUCAUGAGUCGCAAAGUAGAGACAGUAAGGAGGAAAUGGAAAGUCGUUUGGUAGGGAAAAUCACUCCAUAGUGUUUGAAGGUCACUCCUGUAAAUGCUAUAUGAAAUUGAAGUUAUUGUUCAUAGCACCUCAAUGAGUGGGCCAUAAAGUCAAAGAGAGUUGAGUUUGUCUUCCCGGAAAAUAAUAUUUGUUAAUGAGGCUGCAAGUUUGACAGAAAGUGUUCAAAGUUUAAACUAUAAUUUUAUACUCCAGAAUUUAAAUAUUAAGUCUAUAUUGUUAAAUGAGAUGUAAUUUACAUAGAUGAGAAAUCAAGAACACCAGAGCAUGUAAUAUACAGUUUGCUUUCUAUUCACACCCUCCUCAGAGUAAGGAAUUAUUUCUAAUUGAUUUCCAGGAUCUUUAUAUAAUAAGGAUGAGAAUCAUAACUAAGUUUCCAAUGCAUCUACAAUCAGUUUAUCUACACUCCUGUUCAUCCUGUCUUACACAAAUGGUAGCAGAUUAUAUAAACUAUACCACACCAUAGUGCUUCGAUAAACAAUAUAUAUUGGAGAGUCUUCCACACAAAGAGCAUCUCCAAUAUUUUUUUUAGUAGCUGCAUAACAUUUGGAAGUUUUGUGUUUGUUUUUGCUUUGUUUUGAGUCUCACUAUGUAGCCCUGGCUGACCUAGAACUCUCUGUAGACCAGGUUGGUUUGAACUCACAGAGCUCCAUCUGCCUCUGUCAUGAUUAAAGGUAUACACUGCCAUGCCCUGAUGCUUCAUAUAACUUUAACAUUACACUAUUUGCUUAUUAAUGAAAACCAACUUAUCCCAUAUAUUUUGUCACAAGCAUGUUAUGAUGUCUUGACAGCCAUCAUCUAGAGGCUGGGUCAGAGAUGCAUAAAAUUAUAGCCUUCCAGUGUCUGAGAUUCCUUUAUCCCUAGCAUCAUUUACUGAGUAUUAUAAUAUAAAGAUGCUUUGCAAUUCAGUUAGCCUCAUAGGGUUUCCUGUUACUAAUGAGGCAUAGUAUUUAUUUUCUCUUUCAUUGGAAGGUCUACCUAAGGCCUUUAGUCAUUUGCCUAUUGAGUUCUCAAUAUUCUUCCUUCUUACUGGCUUCUAGGAUCUCUAUAUAUUAAGGGCAUAGGCUGUAAUAAGUGAUAAAAAUGUUUUACUUCUCCUCAUUGCCUGUUUUGAUUUCUUAAUUUGAUAAUGGUCGAUUUUCAUGAGUAAGUUGAUAUUUUUGUGUAGUUGAAAUUUAAAAUCCUUUCUCUAUGCUUGGAUUUGAGUUAGAAAACUCUUCACUUAGCUCUGAGUUUAUAAAGAACAAUUUCCCUGAUCAUGACUUCUAUUGUCAUUUAUUUUGUGGUUUUAACAUUUAAAUAUUUCGUGCAUUUAGAUUUCUUUUGAAACAUGCUAUACGGUAUUGUAGGGUGGUAGAUGUGGUUGUAGCUCUUUUUCCUCUCCAAAAGCUGAUCACAGUCUUCCUUCCUAAGCUUCCUGCAUGGACGGUCACUGGUAUCUGCUGCUUCACCUAAUUUGGAAGUUCAUCAUACUUAUUUUUAUGAACAGCUGCAUAGUUGCCAAAUGCCACAUUCUACAUAGUAAUUUUUCAAUGAUAAUUUGAGUUGUAACUUAAUAUCCUAAUCUCUCACAUCUUUUGGUGUUCAUCAUAGUUUUAUGCUUUCUCUUACCCUUUGCCUUACUUUAUAUCUUUCUUUUAUCUACUGCAACAAAGAUUUAACUAUUAAACCAUUAUAACUUAAAAAUUGACAGAGCUUCAACCUCCCCUCUCUGGACUCUGGAUUUUUCUGUCUCUUCCUGAAGUUUGGAACCAAAUUCCCAGCAGUGAAAGCAUAUGUAAAAACAUAAUGAUCAUAAGAGCCCUCAACUAGUAUAUUUUUUCAAGUGUAUUAGUCUAUAGACUGUGCCAGGGAGAAAGACCUCUUACAAUGUCCACUCCAUCUGUCCAAAGCUGCCAUUGUUCUUGUGCUGACUUAAAUACUCACGUGUGGAAAUUUUUGGGUGUCUGAAUUUCAUUUCAUAAAAGCUUUCACUUUGACGUUAGGCUUAUUACUAGAGAUGUCUUUUCUUUAUGGCUGUGUGGGGCAUUCCUUUACAUCUUCAAAGCUGUUCAUUCCUAUGUCCAUUUCAUAUGCAGCUCUGGCAAUCAUUAGAUUUUCUAAUUUGUGUGUUUUUACUUGAUUUUGUUUUUUAGGGGUGGGAUAUUGCUGAGAUAGACGUAAUUGCUAUCAUAUCAUAGGAUUAUUUAUUUUUUAAUGCUGGAUUUCAUUACUAUUUAAGAUUCUAUGAGUCUAAUACUACUUUUUAUUUUUGGACCCAUUAAAAGGUAGAAUUACCUCUAACCAGUUUUUGAAAUAAUUUUUUAAAGUUCUUGAAUGUGAUCUUGACAUCUUUAUCUAUUCUCAUUACUAUGCAUCAUACAAAACCCAGUAAGAAUAUAUAUUAUUUCCUAAGGUACCUAUAACCCUGUUGAGUUCCUCUCAAUUUCAUUUGACAAAAUAUUGACCAUAACUAAUUACACAUUAAUUACUAAUUAAUUAUGAUAAAGCUUACAUUCUUCCCUGCAUUGGAAAAGAGAAUGACUGGUCGCUUUAAUGGUGAGAGUUAAUUUGCAUUAUGUUCAUGCUAAGUCCCUCCUUGAGCACAAUAGUGACCCAGUGAGAUUGAGAGCAGUAAAUAAAUUGGCAGGUACAUGGGUUGGUUAAAGAUGUACUAUCACAUGGUGGUGCAUCUUAAUGAAUAAAGCACACACUUUCUGAACAUUUCUUAAAAAGCAAACAGGAAAUACACAGGAAGACUGGUGUACACAUAUGUCCCUGUGCAGCAGACCCCUGAUGCUGGUCUCCAUGGAAACCACAGAGCACAGGAGGAGUGGGCCAAGGUGAUGCCUCCAUAAGUCAUCCCUGUCCUGACAUGGCACUGUGUUGUGUCUUCCGCUCAUUUGCUUCUGUGGAACCACAUUGUGAUUUAUGAUGUCUACCUUGAAGGCACAGAACAAAGCUUGUGUCACUGAAGGGGAUCAUAGAGGUUUGCCUCCGUGUAUCUGUCUCCUAGGGAGUAAUAGGCUGGAGAGGGGAAGACUGUCAAGCUGAAGACUAUCAAAUGGAUGGCACUCUGCUGUCCUGAGUCAACUUCCAUGAAACAAGUAUUCGGGACCUGUUCUCCCUUCCAGCUGGUAGACAGGGUGCACACAAGCUCAGCAUACAUGCCCUCAGACUGCUAGGGGUCAGAAUGAGUAUGUUGGUACCAGCCCAUGACUUUGUAAAGCUUCAACAUUCUCACCUUUCAUUGUUUUGUUUUUAGAUUUAUUUAUUGUGUAUACAGUGGCCUGCCUGUAUGUAUGCCUGCAGGCCCGAAGAGGGCACCAGAUCUCAUUUCAGAUGGUUGUGAGCCACCAUGUGGACCUGGGAAUUGAUCUUAGGACCUCUGGAAAAGCAGCCAGUGCAGUGCUCUUAACCUCUGAGCCAUCUCCCCAGCCCCAUUCUCAUCUUUUAAAAACCACCACUAGCCGGGCAUGGUGGCGCACGCCUUUAAUCCCAGCACUCGGGAGGCAGAGGCAGGCAGAUUUCUGAGUUCGAGGCCAGCCUGGUCUACAAAGUGAGUUCCAGGACAGCCAGGGCUAUACAGAGAAACCCUGUCUCAAAAAAAAAAAAAACAAACCAACCCAAAACAAAACAAAAACAACAACAACAAAAACCCACCACUAGUACUCUAACUUCCCAAAUGCAGCAGCAUUGGGACUGAGCCUGCUUCCCAGCCAUCCAUGGCCUCCCUGUUUGUAAUUCUGUGCAAAUCCAACUCUUGCUAUCAUUGUUUGGUUUUCAUGGAAGGAAUUCCCAUCUACAUGCAUAAAGACACUCAUCAGAAUGAGCAGAAGAAAUAGAGGACUAGGUAUAGGAAUCAGUGGUCAGGGCAAUACAUGGUCCAGGACCCAGGGUGAAGCAGCCCAGGUGGGAGGCAACUGAAAAAAAGAGGAGUACAGCAGACAAGAAUUGCAGCUUUCUAAAGAAAUGCAUGCUUCCAUUUCCAGCACUUGGGAAGCAUGCAGAUCUCUGUGAAUUUGAAGCCACCCUGAUCUGCUUAGUGAGUUCUAGACCUAUCAGGGCUACAUAGUAAGAUAUUGUCUCAAAGAAGAAGAGAAGGAGCAAGAGGAAAAGGAGGAGGAGGAAGAAGAGGAAAGGGGAAAAAGAAGAAGCAGCUUAAUAGCGCAAUGUUUGCAGAGAAGAGGAUCUGUUCAUACUAGUAAUGAACAAACGUUCUUUACUGCCUUCUUACUGAGUGAAGCUUGGCUAUAGAAAACAGUGGGGAAGGUGUUCUUUUCUGAGCCACACACAGCCUCAUCCAUCAGGCUCUCUCAUGAUCCCAUGGAGAAGCCUGAAUGGAAGGCAGGGGUGGGUAACUCACCAUGUCCUCUGCAAGGAUGGUUCCUGCCAUUGUUUCCCUUUAGUGGAUACUGAGAAGCUGGAUACGCAGAACACUUUGUUCACUAAUCCAGACUAUCCCCCACUUUGCAGUCUGGUAAAGAGACUCCUACUAUGAAGCAAAAUUCCUGCUCAAAACCUGUUUUGCCUUUACCCUGAGAUUCUUCAAGGCAAUCCACAUUGGAUCGCAUGCAUGCCGGGCCAGGGGUCCAGCUUAUCAGAUGCUGUCCCAGCAGGAAGGAGCUUUGGUUUGUUCUGAGACUGUAAAGACAUGGUUUCCAUUAAUUGUGCCCAGGAAACCGAAUGCUUCCCUUAGUCAUACUUGCCAUCCGUCUGGAGAAAGCAGGGGGGAGGCAGUAAUGCUUUUUUAUAAAAAAAAAACUGAGUGUGGAAACAUUUGUGGCAAAUUAAAAGAAUUUUCUUUAUAGAUUUA